AUGUGGACAGUGCAAAAGCGAGGGAGGCUGGGGCUCCUCUCCCUCCCGGCGGUGAUUGCCAUGGUCUGUUGUGCGCACAGCGCCAAUGAGCCCAGCAACAUGUCAUACGUGAAAGAGACAGUGGACAGAUUGCUCAAAGGAUAUGACAUUCGCUUGCGGCCGGACUUUGGAGGUCCCCCCGUGGACGUCGGGAUGCGGAUCGAUGUCGCCAGCAUAGACAUGGUCUCCGAAGUGAACAUGGAUUAUACACUCACCAUGUAUUUCCAGCAGUCUUGGAAAGACAAAAGACUUUCUUAUUCUGGAAUCCCGCUAAACCUCACUCUAGACAACAGGGUAGCUGACCAACUCUGGGUACCAGACACGUACUUUCUGAAUGACAAGAAAUCAUUCGUGCAUGGAGUUACAGUGAAAAACCGCAUGAUCCGGCUGCAUCCUGACGGAACAGUUCUCUAUGGGCUCCGAAUCACAACCACAGCUGCGUGUAUGAUGGAUCUACGGAGAUAUCCUCUGGAUGAACAAAACUGCACUCUGGAGAUUGAAAGCUAUGGCUAUACCACUGAUGACAUUGAGUUUUACUGGAAUGGAGGAGAGGGAGCAGUAACAGGAGUAAAUAAAAUUGAGCUUCCUCAGUUUUCAAUUGUCGACUACAAGAUGGUAUCCAAGAAGGUGGAGUUCACAACUGGUUCAUAUCCACGACUGUCACUAAGUUUUCGUCUAAAGAGAAACAUUGGUUACUUCAUUUUGCAGACCUAUAUGCCUUCCACGCUGAUUACGAUUCUGUCCUGGGUGUCUUUUUGGAUCAACUAUGAUGCGUCUGCAGCCAGAGUCGCACUAGGAAUCACCACGGUGCUGACAAUGACAACCAUCAGCACUCACCUCAGGGAGACCCUGCCAAAGAUCCCUUAUGUCAAAGCGAUUGAUAUUUACCUGAUGGGUUGCUUUGUGUUUGUGUUCCUGGCUCUGCUGGAAUAUGCCUUCGUAAAUUACAUCUUCUUCGGAAAAGGCCCUCAGAAAAAGGGAGCUGGCAAACAGAACCAGAGCGCCAAUGACAAGAACAAACUGGAGGUGAAUAAAGUCCAGCUCCGCCGGCGCGCCUCGCAGCUCAAGGUCAAGAUCCCCGACCUCACGGACGUGAACUCCAUAGACAAGUGGUCCCGAAUGUUUUUCCCCAUCACCUUUUCCCUUUUCAACGUCGUUUACUGGCUUUACUAUGUACACUAAGGUCCGUCCUGACGGCUCCCGGGCGACUGCUUCCCGCUCCCCUUUGGUGUUCACCCCACAGGUCCCCGGCGGCGGUACCGCUGCGCUUUUUGAGAUCACUCUUGGAAAAGAUUGAGGUAAUUUAUAUUUUUAUUAUUUUUUUAAUCUUGCCUUAAAAGUCUAUAGAAUUGUAUGCUUGAAGCUUAGGAUGUAGCUCUAAGAAAAAAAGAACAUUCUGAAUUCUUAUAUCUUAACCUUUGUAAAAUGUAAAAUUUGUCAGCCUGAAUAUUCCAUCAGGCACAAAAUGGUGUCACUGUGUGCCCUCCUGGACGGUAAAGGGGUCACAGCCACCAUUAUGCAAAUCCUGUUAAAUAGCUCUGACUU